GAAAUACUGUGUACAAAAUGACUGGUGUUAUUCUUGUGAAUUUCAUUAGCAAAGUGAUCUGACGUGUUCUUAAUUAUGAAGUUUAUGGAAGUGUUAAUAUUUGCUUUAAUGUAUAAUUAUGUGUCCUCAUAUAAAGUAACAAAGUUGAAUCAAUUAUUUCGACUUCAUAUAAUCCACUACAAUGAUUUCCAUGCAAGAUUCGAGGAAACGUCAGACGAUGAGUUGAUAUGCAAGCAUGGUACUUCAUGUUUCGGUGGAUUGCCGCGAAUGGUGUACGAGAUCGAAGCUCUUCAGAGAGAGAACCCUGACUCCUUGUUGUUGGAGGCUGGAGACAGCUUCCAAGGCACAUACUGGUACACUGCUCUCAAGUGGAAUGUCACUCAGUACUUCCUGAACCUUUUAAACCAUGAUGCUCACGCGAUUGGUAACCACGAGUUCGAUGAUGAUGUCCAAGGCUUGGUGCCUUACCUUGCAUCACUAAGAGCACCAACAGUAGCAGCUAACCUGGACAGCACUUACGAACCUUCUCUCCAAGGCUUGUACAAGCCCUAUGUGAUUGUGGAGAGGAAUGGACGCAAGAUUGGUAUUGUCGGAGUUACUACUACAGUUACGGAGGUACUGGCUCCAACUGGUAGAGUAAUAUUUAAAGAUCCUCGGGAGGCUGCUUACCGCGAGUCAAAACUUUUGAACGAUCAGGGAAUCGAUAUAAUUAUUCUUCUCUCUCAUUGUGGAUACUCUAUGGACGUUGAAAUAGCACGAGAAUACGGACGCUACAUUGACGUCAUUGUCGGCGGACACUCACACAGGGACAAGACUGAACCCUUCCCUUACCUCACCAGGGUUGCCACCAGUAGCACUAAUCAUGAGGUUAUAGUUGUACAAGCGGAUGCCUUUACUAAAGUUCUUGGAAACCUGUCGCUGUACUUCGACGAUGAGGGAGAUGUUCAAUUGUGGCAGGGAGGCGAGAUCCUGUUGGACCAGUCCAUUCCUGAAGAUCUGUCUGUUAAGAAGAAGAUGGCACCAUUUGUUCGAAGGGUCCACGCUGCAGCAGCUAAACCUAUUGGGUAUAUCACGACACCAAUGAACCACAAAGACUGUCUGUACGGAGAAUGUCUGAUGGGGAAUUUCUUGGCCGAUGUUCUCAGACACUACGGUAAAACUAACGUGGAAAGUCCGUAUCACUUCAUAGCGCUGAUUCAGCGAAGCAAUAUGCGAGCAGCUGUACCAGCCGGGGCUAUGACUGAGGGUGAGGUUGUAGAAUUAUUUCCAUAUUUUGACCCCGUGGAAAGUUUCGAAUUACAAGGAAAAUAUAUAUUAGAAGCCUUAGAACGGUCCGUGAGUGAUCUUAUGCAGACAAAUAUUUUUAUGGCUCCAUGGCUACUACAGGUUUCUGGUCUUCAAGUAAUCUACAAUAUAUCAAAACCAGAAGGCAGUAGAGUGGACAAAGUGUUCGUAGUUGAAGGAAGCUUCCAUGUACCACUUGAGGCUGAACAAACCUACCAAAUAGUAGCAACAAGCUAUCUGACGUAUGGUGGCGACGGAUACGCGAUGAUGGAUAAAAAAAGGCAUCUCCGUACUCUUGAGUUCGACCAAACUGCUCUACGGAAAUAUAUAAAAACUCAUUGCCCAAUUCAUGUAUACCUAGAACGACGGAUUGUUAUUUAUAACUAAUUCAAUAUAACCCUAUUCAUAUUUAAUUGUUAAGAUAAGAGUGAUUUUUUAAAUAAAAGAAAAAUAAAUACAAGCAUAAGAAUUUCAUUAAGUGCAUGA